AAAGCAUCAUGAUCCAACUCACCAAAUGGAGCACAAAGUCCACCCUGAGCCCCUCCUCCCUUCUGCUUCCCCUUCUUCUUCUUCUUCUUCUUCUUCUUCUUCUUCCAGUGCGUCCUUUUCGACGACCGCAAGAAGAGAAGUCUACACCUUAUGGAUGAAGUCGCUGGUGCUCAGCGGGAAUGGAUGCACCGUCUAUGACUCCACCGGCAGACUGGCUUACCGGGUAGACAACUACGACUGCAAGUGCAGUGACGAGGUCUACCUCAUGGAUCAUGGCGGCCGGACCCUGUGCAAGAUACUUAGAAGGAAGCUUAGAGUGUUUGGAAGAUGGGAAGGCUACAGGUGCCAUGACUCAGCGAGAGAAGAGAAGCGGCCUUGGUUCAGAGUGAAGAAGGGCGAUGGAAUUCUAAGGAGAAGCAAGUCCAGGGAGAUUGAAGUAAUGGUUGGGUGCAGCAAGGGGAAAGAGAUCUGCUACAGUACUGAAGGGUUAGGCAACAAGUUGGCCUUCAAGAUAAAGGAUUUGGCUGGAAGGACUGUGGCAGAGGUGGGAAGGAAGCGAACCGAAGGAGGAGUGGUGUUGGGAGAGGAUGUGUUGAUGUUGGUGGUGGAACCCAACGUAGAUCGGCUGCUCAUCAUGGGGCUUAUGGUCGUCUGCGGACUCAUCAAGCAGAACAUGUAGAACACUCUUUUGUUUCUCUCUUCGUUUCUCCUCUUUUUUGCCUUCAUCCUUUUCUUCUUUAGAGAGAGAAGGAUGAGGGUUAACUAAGGAGAAGAGAACAAUACUUUUGCUCCAUUUUGUAUACUGUUGAUUCUAUGGUGAACUGCAAACUAUUCUUUCA